AUGGAAAUUUCAAAGACGCAAAUUCUUGGAUUUCUGUUCUUCCUGGUAAACUGUCCCAAUUUGUUUGCCAAGCCUGCAACACCAGCGCGGAAAGAUCUCGGUGAAUUGAACAGAAGCAUAUUUGAAUUGCAGAAAAUAUCUAGUUAUACGUGGAGAACAAUGGUGAGUGCGUGCUGUAUUAUGCGCUUUAGUUCUGGUCAUGUUAUGAAGCGAGGACUGAUAAUUAAGAGUUGACGAGAGUUGCCAAGCGAGAACGGUUUCCAUGGGAUUUUAAUUUCUCGACUUUUGUGGAGAAUGAUAUGUUUAUCAGAGAGUUAAUUAGCAUCAACUCGCAUCAAAAUUUGAACCGCCUAAAAGUUGAUAAGGGUUAAUCAAUUGUUGUCGAUGCCUGAGUGUUUGCAGUCAAACAUGAGCGAGAGAGGCAACUACUAAUUUCCAUCAACUCUCGUCCUUGUUUGCUGCAUGGGGCAGUGGGGAAAGAUUCCACCUAGCUGCCGGUCACCCCAUCCCAAUAAUCAUUGCAUUGGGUGGGGCUCUUAUUACUCCCUUAUCAAAUGCACGUGCCUUCACUUGGCCGAUCUGUGGUCGACAUGCAUGACUCUUCAUCAAAUGAAUGUGUCCAUGCACACCUUUGCUAACAGUGGUUCGAUUGCAGUUUCCCGUUUGCAUUUCAAUACCAAUCUUAUUCCUUAACAAGGACCGUUAAUUAAGAAGAUCAAAAUCAUAUCCCACUGCGAUUACGAGUGUAAACUACAAUCCUGGACAUAACCCUUGACACCAUUCCGGCCAAUAUGUACUAUUUAAAACACGAGUAGGAGUGGGUUUUUUCAGAUAUAAAACGCGAGGCACAGCCGAGCGUUUUAUGUCUGAUAAAACACGACAACGAGUGUUUUGAAUAGCUUAGAAAAAUUCAUUAAUAAUUCAUGAGGAAAAUACAAAAGAAAUGAAUGUUUAAUUAAUCAAUGUUUGUAAAUCGGAUAAAGAUUUGUCCUGAUUUACAUAAACUUCAGCUUUGAUUUUCUCGGCUUGACAAUGUUUAUUUUUAAAAUUACUUCGCCAAUGAACUCAUAAGAUGGAUCAUUUUUUUAAGUACGAUAAAACAUUCGCAUCCGAUCUCAUGUAUCUGAUAUACAAACUCUCGCCUUCGGCUCGAGUUUGUAUAUCAGAUACAGAUCGGCUGCUCAUUUUUUAUCUAGUACUUAAAUACGACUACAAAAGAAUACUAAUUAGGAUGAACCAUUAUAUAAUCAUACUACGGUAAUUAGGAUGAACAAUUAUAUAAUGCCACACAUGCUUUAUCAGAUAUAAAGUCACUCCGCGUGACAUAUUAUGGCUGACAUAAUUUGCCACAAAGUUUAUGAAUUAUUAAUAAGUAUUUUAAGACAAUGUAAACACACAUUGAAAAACAAAAUUUGCCACUCCUUCUCUCCCAGUUCAACGUUGUAAACAUUGGCGAAAGAACGUCUGCAUGGUAGUUUACCCCAACACAAGCUCAACAUUGAGCUGCGGAGUUGGGGCUUUAAGAAGCGCAGCAUGCUUGAUUCAACAUGGAAUUUGAAGGAAAGGGGUAUGCGAGUGUAUAUAGUGGGAUGUACUAUGAGCUGGGGGAGUGGGGGCUUUAAGAAGCGCAGCAUGCAUGAUUCAACAUGGAAUUCGAAGGAAAGGGGUAUGUGUGUAUAGUGGGAUGUAUAUACUGUGCAUGCAUAAUGAAAAGGUAAUCUUAGACCAGUUAUCCCAAAUAUUUUAACUUAAAAAGGUGUAUUUUUUCUUUUUCAGGAUUGGGUGAGGAAAGACAAGGGUUAUCCCGGUCGUUCUGAUCCUAAUGUGAGUGUUGUGUCUCUCUAGACUCUACUGCAUGGUAUCAACUCUGCGCAUGUCUAGAUGCGUCGAUGCAUAGUUAUGAAAACGGCAAGAAAUCGACUACCUAAUCAAGUUGAAUGUGGAGCGUUUGUGGCUUUAUAGUGCAAGUGUUUUUCACCACUGCCACAUGGCCCUGAUUUCUGCAGUUUCCUGACUAUAAUUUCCCCUCAAUCGCAUUUGAGAAAGCAAUUAUUUUAGCUUGACUCUGCCAAACACCGCGCGCAGGUAUUCCGUCUCCAGUUAUCAGCAAGGAGUAAUUUGUUAUCAUUCGACAACAAAAUGCCCCCUAGUACCAAAUACCAAUCGAUAUACACUUUGGCUGUACCGUCAAAUAGUGACCUUGAUUUUUUUUUCUUUCCAGUGUGACACGCCAAUCCGUUUGCUGUACAAAAGUUCUGCGUAUAACGCAACCACGGUAAGCGAAGAACUAAGUGUUGGUAGCAAUGUAAUUAUAGAUCAUUCAUGUGCGAUUCAUGAACUUAUCGCAUAUUCAAUUUAUACCAAAGCCUUUCAGCGGAUCCUCUAGUCAGGGGGCGAAAUCUCGUCGGGUAUUUCCCCAGCCGUAAUACCGGGUUUCGCCCAUGCCUCUAGUUUCCCCCUGUAGCAUCAGUAGACCAAUAAGGUCAUGUUCAUAUGAGCCAGGUUUGCCCACGAGACUCUUUUUUUAUGCAUGGCGUCUUCGAAAUAUUUUUUGUUGUAAUAGUAUAAGAAAGAUGCACCUUGUAUUAUGGUUUUAAUAUAGUGUCUGUUUGCGGGGUCUAUCACUGAUGUUUUGUAAUUUUCCAACUAUGCCGUUCAAUUUUAUACAACACUCAUGUAGGUCAAAAUCGGCAAAAAUAUCCAUCCCGGUCAGAUGGGGAUAAUUUAGCCUUUAUAUGGAUAAUUUUAGCUCACUUGAGUGAGAUCACACCUAGCGCAAGACGCAUGGGAUUACGGCUAGUGACACAAAUCGAAUUUUAGAUGCAUUUAUAAUUAAAGGGAUAUAAAAAAAACUGAUUAACUUUGUCCUAUUUGAAAGAACUUUGAAAGUUAUAUAUGAAGUCCAUUUACAACCUUUUUGUACCUUGCUUGGUUUUCGGAAUAUUUUGACCAAAAACAAUGUGCAGCCCGCCAUCUUGGUAUUAUAAUUGACCUAAUUAACGGAGUUUUUGAUGACGUCAAAAGCAGGGUAAAUUUGUUAAAACUUCUUCAUGUGGGACUAAAUUUCUUCGAAAAAUUUCUUAAAAUGUUGUGAGUCAAUUGAGUACUAAAAAGACUUCGGAAAAUCGAGUUUGCAUAUUGACAAUGACAAGUGGUUUGCAAGAUAAAAAUUACUUGUGACGUAUAUGCAUAUCGAAUGCAUAUCCAAGAUGGCGGAAUGCACGCUGAUUAUGAUCAAAAGAAGUCGAUUUAUAUUGCCAUAUCCCUUUAAUAACGAAGGACAUGCAAAUCUCACUCAGGCGAGUUUCCCGGUUAGCAGUAUAAACUGAUGUGAACCGGCCCUAAGAGGAUGGGUCGCAAUGGACCUCUGGCCUAAGGGAAAACAGAGCUACUCGCAAAAUGUCACCCCGUUAAGUACCUAUUCCACAUGUAGUAACAAUGCCAGGUUGGAAUCUGUGGGUGUUACGCUGGAUAUCUCCGGGCGGCGUAAAAUGUUCUUUACGUUUACGCCAUUGGCGUAAUUAAAUCUUACUAAUACAAUAAAAAUCUUUAGCAGUUUUGAGGUUUUUGUUUAAUAUUGUGAAGAUUUUUGAAUGUUGAAAGAUUGAUAUUUGAAAUAAGUGUAGCAACUGCAAUCAUUUGUGAAACCUCCAACAUGCAUAUAACUUUCUUGUCUGUCAUAUGAUCGGCGUAUACUGGUGUAGGCAGUCAAUGGCUUAUUCGCGUAACCUCCGGCGUAAAAUUUUCACAGAUUCCAACCUGGUAACAAUGGACCAAUAGGGUUUGAUUCGUUCGGAUCCGUACUGGCUCUAUGGGGAGAAAACAUGAACAACAGCUGAUAAAGCUACCCAAUAUAACGAGUUAGAUAUUUAAUUUUAAUUAAACGUAAGAACAUACUUUCUGUUUUUCAGAUGCAUCAACAUUUGACAAAAAUAAAGAAUACACUUCGCCCUUUACUCGAUGCUACAGUUUUUGAUUACUUUGAUGACAAAGAUAUACACAGAAAUGUAGCGAACAAAACAUUACGGGGUGCUCUAACAACUUUAACAAAGGACAUUGGUACCCCAGUUUUAAUUUUGUAUACAAUGGUACGCUUUAUAAUCUACUGUUUCAAUUUUGUUUCGAGUAACAAAAACGAGAUAUUAUAGCUGUUGACUGAAAUAAAAGGCUACAAUCAGUGACAAAAUUCGUGGACUGGUUACUAUAGUAACUGAUAGAGCCGUUCAAUGUUGUCAGACUAAAAUUGAUAUUUUAUUUGAAGUGGUUUUAAUAUGUUCCAUUGUGUUGUUGAUAAGUUGUUGAUAACUCUCCCAGCAUAUGGGCCAUUGGGCCUGCACAACAUUGAAAAUAAUGUAAUUUGCGCAAUACACCUUCAGUUCCCGAAAGUAAUUUGCGCAAUAUACCUCCCUUCCCAGGAGGUUAAUUAUUUACAAAAAUAAACAUUUAAUCCAAAUUUUCCACCCUUCAGUGUCACUGAUUAUGGUCGUAAAUGGUAAAAGCUAGUUGUAAAAUUACGUUGGAAUUACGAUACGGACUAUCCUACAAUAUUUGCUAAGUUAUGGUUUUAUUGUAUUGCGCGCAUGCAGUUGUACCCUAUAAAUUAAACAUUUUCCCGACCCUUCCAGGGUUACAUUGUGAGGCUAAUUGUAAAGGAAUAUUUUCAGGCUCUUUUUGGGUUAUAAUCACUGUGAAAUAUCAAGUUAGGCAAGCAAAGUUCACUCAAAUUACUCGUUGAAUUUCUCGAACUUUCAUUAAUUGCUGCCGAGCGUAGCUCGGCAGCACACUAAUCUCUACACGUGGUGUGCUUACCACGUGACCGCCGAGUUUAUAGCCGCUACAAUCUCGAUUUAUGUCAUUCUGUCAUCCACGGACGGGCCAAAACUAGCUGUUUUGAUAUUAUUUUUUGUUCCCGGGGGGGUUUGUUCACAACAUGGCGACUGUUAUAAACGGACAGAAAUAUAAAAAUCAUAAAAUAAUGCGAAUUUCCAUAAAAAUUCCGAGUAAUAUUUGUGAAGAUGAAUGGGUAAAUAAAGCACGGUGUUAUUUUGUGUCUCUGGCGCAAGAAUGAUCGACAAUAUUUUGAAUAAUUCAGGUAAGGAUGGCUUUAUUUCGUUCUCGUAUAGUGAUGUAGUCGUGCCGUGUGCCCUGUCUACCUGUCUGGUGAUAUAUUUUAUAAUACAUGAAGGCAUUUAUAUUUAAAUCUGCUGUUUAUACUUGUUUAUAGUCACUUUAGUGUAUUAAACUUCGAUAUAGAGGCAUUGAAACAAAAUGAUUUCAAGAAUAUAUCGGCAAUUAUAAUACCCACUGAAUCACUGAUCUAUUCCCGACCAAAUCGACAGUAAUGAUUAAUGCCUUUAUGCUGAUACAAGAAGCAAAUGAACUUUUAGUUUAUUUGUUUGUUAUGUCACUUAAUAUGUGCAAAGCCAAAGGCGGUGAGUAUAUAAUAGUGUUCGGUACGUUCUAUUUCUAAAUGUUUAUAGUUUAAAAACAAACGCGGGAUGUUGUUAAAUCAGGCUUAACAAGAUUCCUAGAGCUACCCAGUGUGGAUUGUUGUCUGCAUAUAUGGACUUAUCAGCAAUUACAUGUAAUAUAGCAUAUCAACUGACUUUUGUAUAAGAUAUGACUUGUAUAAGGCCUCAGUUAUAUAUAAAGCCUAUAAACAUGAUUCUACUGACAUACAUUGAUAUAUACAUAUGGCUGUGUUACCACAAUAAUGCUCACAACUUCAACUUCUUUCUAACAAUAUAGUUUUGCAGUUCUGACUGUUCUGAGUAUGAUCUUAUUCAUUCAGAAAUAUAAGCAUUGCACUGUAUUCAAUGGCAAGCUAUCCUGGAUUCCAGAGCCUUCAGUUAAUAAUAAAUUGAAAUAUCGUGAAGGCUCUGGUUCAACGGGAGGAUUCUUUGAUUAAACUGUGCCAAUCACAAAACAGAAUUAGCAGUUUUAGUACAGAUUUUGGGCGUGUUAACCCAUUAAGCGCCAGCGCUCUCCCCUUGACGAGUAAAAUCGUCUGGCGUUAGACAGAGUAAAAUACUCUGGCGUUAGACAGAGUAAAAUACUAAAGUAGGGUGCAUCAGGGUGCAAUGCGACCCAAUGGGUUAACUAGACACAUGGGCAGAUAGAUCAGUUAACCCAUUAAGCGCCAGCACUCUCCCCUUGACGAGUAAAAUCGUCUGGCGUUAGACAGAGUAAAAUACUGUUCAAAGUAGGGUGCAUCAGGGUGCAAUGCGACUCAAUGGGUUAAUAUAGUACAUAACAUAGGUCAUAGACAUACAGUUUCAAUACAAUACAAAAUGAUUUUGAACAACGUCAAGGUCAAUGAAAUCAUACAAAAUGAAUUUAUGGGAUAUCAAUUAAAUGUAUUUAAAACAAACAUAAUUUCAACAUCCCAAUAAGCAAUAACAUCCCAGUAAGUAUAAAUUCAACUAUUUUAAAUCAAUUGUUUGAAUAGCCAAAUUAAAAGUUGUACGAGUGACAAAAUCAUUCAAUAAUAUUCACAUUUUAUCAUUUGUAUUAUGUGUCAACUAUCAAAGUCGCACUGUUAAGUAUAUUAAAAUAUACUUUUCAUAAGAUUAGAUGUAAGAUAUAAUUGUACGAAGGUAACUGAGGAACGACGAUGUGUAAGACAAUAAAUCCUACAUACAGUGAAAAACGCUCUUUUUGUAGCACAUCCUACAUGUACAUAUCGGCAGCAUUUUCCUUGCGAUAGUAACUCCUAGUUAUAAUUAAUCUUACAAAAUGCAAACGCGGUAAAACUGAACAGGGAAGUCAAUUGACAUGCUGUAUCUAUUAUGUUUCAUUUGGUGGAGAAGCAACUGAGCUUUAUACAGGAGGGGGGGAUAAUAAUCAGAGAUGAAGAUUAUUUGAGAGGGAGAGCUAUUAUCAAUAUAUAUUACUGGUGUGUGCAUUUUUAUGACAUUGAAUUUUAACCUAAUUUAUUUCGUUUGUUUUAUGCAGGGAUAUAGAGGAUCAGGCAAUAUUAAACCCGAUUCUGCUGAAAUAACCAAAAAAGUAAAAGAGUACAUG